GGGAAAACGAUCGAGGAGGCCGAUCGAAACCACACCACUAGGCUCUCGCGCUCGCUCUCGCUCGGCACGUCCCCCGCGCGCGGCCACGCGACUUGUCCGAAGCGCCGGCGCUAGCGAGCGAGCGCUCGGUUGGCGCGCCUCGCGCCUGCCUGCAUCCUAGUAGCAACAAAGCGAUGGUGGCGGCGAGGGUGUCGGAGGUGAAGGCGGAGGGCGUGCUGCGGGGCGCGUGCGCGGCGCUGGCGGCGGCGGCCGCGCUGCUGGUGGGGCUCAGCACGCAGACGGAGACGGUGCUGCUCGUCAGGAAGAAGGCCACCGUCAAGGACGUCCAGGCCCUCUGGGUGCUGGCGAUGGCGGCGGCGGCGGCGGCGGGGUACCACCUGCUGCAGCUGCUCAAGUGCUUCUACCUCGGCCGGCGCGUCGGCGGCGGCGCCAGCCCCUGCCGCCGGAGCAGCAGGGCUCUGGCCUGGACAUGCCUCCUGCUCGACAAGGCGUGCGCGUACACGACGUUCGCGACGACGGUGGCGGCGGCGCAGGCGUGCGUGAUCGCGCUGGACGGCGCGCACGCGCUGCAGUGGACCAAGCUCUGCAACAUCUACACCCGCUUCUGCGAGCAGAUCGCCGGAAGCCUCGUGCUCGGCAUGCUCGCCGCCGUCGGAACCGCCGUCCUCUCCGCCGCCUCCGCGCGCAACGUCUUCCGCCACUACUCGCCGGGGACCUACGCGGCGCACUAGAUCUGGGCCCAAAGGCGUCAGCUGGGCCGGCCGUGCUUCUCCGAAGAAUCUAACACUGGGCCCUGACGAAGGUUCAGGCCCAGAUGAAGGGUGACCUGAGCUAUUAAGGUGGAGAUAAUAGAGUUCUACUACUACUCUAGAGUGUAUGUACUCCUACAGUCCUACUCUCUCUCUCUCUCUCUCUCUCUCAGGUGUGUACUUCUAUUUUCUUUUGUUUUUGUUGCAUUUGAUACACUAGUGGAGACAUGAGUAUGUACGUUCGUCAGUGUAUUAUAUUGUUGUUGUAUAAUACACGCUAAGCGCUUAUAUUGUUGUUGUA